UUUAAAGUUCUCUUAUUAUUUGUUGCCAUGAAGAAAAAGCAUAAAAAAUGGUUGCUUCUCAUAUUAACUUACACACUAUUUCCCGUGGUAAAAAUGCUUCAAUACAUAUCUGAUUCUACAUUCGAAGUCUCCGGAACAAGAACGUUUAGCCAUUUGGUGGUUGAUGAAAUUCAUAAUAAAAUAUACAUUGGUGGAGUUAAUAAAAUUUAUCAACUAUCCACAGAUUUAAAAAUUGAAUCUGUGGUUGAAAUGGGACCUCAAAUGGACAGUCCGAAAUGUCCAGCAUCCCGUAAAUGCCCGGGUGUAAGAAAAAAUCUCACAGAUUAUUACAAUAAAAUUUUAGUUUUAGACAACUCCAUUAACAAACUAAUCGCAUGUGGAAAUCUCUUCCUAGGUGCGUGUACGAUACACGACUUUAAAAAUGUGUCAUAUUUCAGGACACCAUCAACCAUGGCUGUUGUAACUAACUCUACCACAGCUUCAUCAGUCGCUCUCAUAGCACAUGGACCACAUUUAAAAAGACAAGUCAUGUAUGUGGGAGUUUCAUAUUCAAGGGAUGGCCCCUAUCAAUCAAAACUGCCACUUAUUAGUAGUAGAAGUUUGAAUCCUCGUAAAAUGUUCGAGAUCACCCACCCAGGUACGAUGAUUGCGCUUAACAGUAUGUCAAGGAGUAUUUAUCCAAUAACUUACGUCCACGGCUUCAGCAAGUAUGGAUUUUCACACUUUCUAACUGUACAACAGUUCUCUCUAAAUCAUCCGAUGCAUUUUGUGUCAAAAAUUGUGCGUGUCUGUCAAAAUGAUGCUAAUUACUCUUCAUAUGCAGAAAUGCAACUCAUUUGCAGUGUGGAUGGUGUGGAUUACAACCUCGUGCAAGCUGCCCAUGUUGGUAAGCCUGGAGUUAUAUUAGCUAAGUCUUUGGGAAUAUCCGAUGAAGACAGUGUUCUUUUUGCAGUUUUUUCUAAGUCUAAGGUUGAUACAGAAUUUUAUGAUGAACACAGUUCUAAUUCUGCUCUAUGCUUGUAUGCUUUACCACACAUAAAUAGGCAAUUUGCAAUGAAUAUAAAGACUUGUGCAGAUGGUAGAGGGUGGACCGGUCUGGAUUACAUUACGAAAAGUCAACCAUGCUACACCACAAGUUUAAAGAAAGAAGAUGAUAUCUGCGGUUUACAGUUAAAUACACCACAUGACGGCAGCAUUCCUAUGAAAACCUCGCCUGUUUUACGUUUUUCUGGCACCCUUUUAACAGCCGUGGCGGCGACUGCACUUAACGACCAUACUGUUGUCUUUCUUGGAACAUCUAAUGGACAUCUUAAAAAGGCUGUUGUAGAAACACAAUCAAAAGCUUGGGAAUACACAGAUCUAGUAAUAGACGAAGGAAGUCCAAUUAAGGCUGAUAUGUUUCUUAAUAAGGAUGCUACUCAUCUGUUUGUCAUGUCAGAAAGAAAGGUAACCAAAGUACAAACUCAGGGAAGAUGUCAUUUGUUUGAAUCUUGCACGGAUUGCUUGGGAGCUAAUGAUCCUUAUUGCGGCUGGUGUUCUUCCCAAAAUAAAUGCAGCUUAAAUUCAGAGUGUGCGGAAGCUGAAUAUGUUCCAUUGUACUGGCUAUCUGUAACUGAUCACUGCAUAUACUUAAACGCAAUCGAACCACAAGAGACUUUGAAAACAGCUUCACAAGUUGUUAGCUUGCACUUUAGUAAUCUCCCCCAACUAGAUAUUAAAUAUUUCUGUGACUUCAAAAUAUUUGAGAAAUCUUAUAAGAUGGACGCUACAGAAGUGAAUGGCGUUAUCGAGUGUCCUACGCCCCCAGUGCCAUCGCUACCAAAUAUAGUCCAAGGACAACAUUACUACACUUCUAAAUUAACUGUAACAACAAAUAUUGAUUGGGAUGUAGCGGUGACUAAUUUUACCUUUUAUGAGUGCGACUCUUUGAAGACUUGUACUGAUUGUGUUUCCAGUAAGUUCCCUUGCAGUUGGUGCAUAAACAGCUAUACCUGCAUUGAUAACACUGAAGAAUGUCAAAAGGAUGCUUUUAUAGAACCCAUUUCUGCUUUGAACCCAAAAUCUGUAUCUGGGCCUAAUUCUUGCCCAAGAAUUCUGAAAGCUGGCAAAUCAACAGAAAUUUUAAUUCCAUCUGGAAACAGAGAACGAAUUUCAGUCAAAAUUGAUGGUAUAAAACCUUACAUGAAAGAUAAAAACUUCUUAUGCCAAUUCAUUAUUGAAGAAGUAGUUCAAAAGGUCAAGGCAACUCUAAAUGGUGAUUUAUUAUCCUGUGAAGAAGUAACGUUUUCUCUUAGCUCUGGAAACGCAAGUACCUAUGCUAAUUUUUCUGUUUUGUAUGACGAAGAUAAAUUGAUAGAUAAUCCAGAGAACAUUCUAGUGAUCAUUUAUGAAUGUUCCAAAAUGGCUCAAAGCUGCGCGCUAUGUUUGGAACUACCAGAAAAAUAUGGAUGUGGUUGGUGCCAGGAAAACAAAGAGUCUUGCCAAGUUCAUGAACACUGUAAUCACACACCGAUGAAUUUGUGGCUUGAUCAAGAUUACAUAUGCCCGAAUCCUCAAAUAAUAAGUUUUAACCCAAAAUCUGGACCAUGGGGAGGUGGCACAAAUAUUACCAUUAAUGGAAUCAACUUAGGAAGACAUUAUUAUGAUAUAGAGAGUAACGUGCGAAUUGUUCAAGGUAACGGGAAGGAAAUUGCUAAAUGCACUACUUAUGAGGAAUUGUAUGUCAAAAGUACACAGAUCGUUUGUAAAGUUGAAAAACCGUUAAAUUUUACUUAUGGAAAAACCAAGCUCCGUCUGGAUGGUUUCAUUGAAGUUGGAGUUCUGAGAGAGUAUUUUGCUCGGACCAAAGAACAAUAUUCUUUUGUGAGCUCCAGAAUAAUUAAUGUUGAUCCAACCAAGGGACCAAAGUCAGGUGGUACCAUUUUAACUAUAGUGGGCUUGCAUAUGGACACUGGCAACAAAGCUAAGGUCUUUAUUGGCAAACAGCUUUGCAUAGUUCACAGUCGUGACUCAGGAAAAAUAAAGUGCAUUUCUCCAGCUUCCAAAGAGACCAACAGACAAACUAUUGCUGUUCAGUUUGAUAGUGGGACGAGAAUUUCUUUCUCUCAGAAGUUUGAAUAUGUAGAAGAUCCUAUUGUCAUAGCUGUAGAAUCUAGCUCCUCAGGCCAAAAAGAUAUUCCCAAAGGAAUUCCCAGCGGUGGAAUCAAAAUAACAGUAAAAGGAAAAAAUUUUCACACAGUACCAUCUCAUCACAUCUAUAUUGUAGUAGGUGAAGUAGAAUUUAAUCAUGUAAGUAAUUUUUAAUUGAUUUUAUGUAUCAU